ACGUCUGGGCAUAGCCAGGUUUUUUCUCCGAGGAUGUAAUGUCUCGUUGUAAGAGCGCGAGUUCGCCGUGAGUUUGUUAGCCAAGUUACCGGAAGUUAGUCGAGUUACCGGAGUUAGCCGAGAAUCUGAAGUUCGACGAGAAUCUGAAGUUCGAGGAGAUGUCACAGUGCCGAUCUGGAUUUACAGUGCUGCGCGGCCAGUGAACCCCGAGAACGGACGUCGCUGAAGUAUAGUCGAUUUUCAAUGAAUACAGGGCGCCCAUGCUUGACCCGAAGAGCCUCUGCGACCCCAACUGAUCAGCCCGACACAAUUAUUCAGAUAAUAAAACAAUCGUUUAGCUGUAACACGCGUUGCCUUCUACGCCAGUGAAACGGACAAUAGAAGCACCGAAGUGUAAUUUGCAACGAUCCGAGGAAAGUUCGAUGCUCCGAACAAGCGAUCCGUUGCUAGCUAUCUUCGCAGCGUCGCUGCCCGUCGUCAAUAAUUCGAACGAAUCUUCGAGAACGUAAUAAUAGACCGGCUGGUAAGAGGGGAACUAUCUAAAUGUCAACAAGCAGAUCGCUCUAAUCGCCGACGAGCGUCGCCGCCUAGGGCUUCCCGGAUUCGAGCGCAGUGUCGAUGACAUCACUCAUCGUUGCACCGACUUAUCGUUGCAAGCACCUCGAACUUGUUCCUUGCGGACUAUUAGCAAUUCCAUCGCGGCAGAUAAGCAAUCUCGCGGCGAAGUAGGACAUGUCGAUUGACGGCUCAUUCGCGGACGUUUCAUCGCGAUAGUUUCGUCGGUUCUCGUCGAGAAGCUGGUUCUCCAGGGAGAUGUCGGUUUCUGGAGCUGCAUGGGUUCUGUUGUGCUGGCUCGCCUGCUGUUCGGCGGCCGGCAGCGAGCCGGAUCCCGGGAAGAAGCUGAGGAUCCUCGGGGUCUUCGGCCACCUGGGGAAGAGCCACUUCGACGUGUUCAAGCCGCUGCUGGAGGAGCUGGCCCGCCGGGACCACGAGGUGACAGUGAUCUCGUACUUCCCCAGGACCGAGGAGGACGUCGCCGCGGAGCCCCUGCCGAAUUACAAGGACAUCAGCCUGCUGACCGAGGGAAUGAGCGUGCUGCUGAACGUCGUCGACCUGCGAAUCUUGGACCAUUCGUUCCUCCGGAUAUUGAAGUCCGUGUACUCGUUGCACACCAUGGCGUCCAAGGUCUGCGAGUCCGGUCUGAACAACACCCUCGCGAAGGACUUCGUCGCAUCGAACCAAAAGUUCGACCUCGUGAUCACGGAGAGCUUCAACACGCACUGCUUCUUCGCGCUGUUCCAUCGCAUCGACGCGCCCGUCAUCGAGGUCUCCACGCAUUAUCUGAUGCCCUGGGUCUUCCACGAGCUUGGCUUCUCCAGCGAGCUGGCCUACGAGCCGUCCAUGUUCGCCACCGUGCCAAGACCGAUGAGUUUCUCUCAGAGGAUGUUGAACGUGUUCGCGGACUGGUUCGUCAGCACGGCAGCUAACACGCUGUUCCGCUGGCGGGAUCAGAGGCUGGCCGAGAAGAACUUCGGGCCCGGUGUCCCCGAUCUCGAGGAGAUGACCAGGAACGUGUCCUUGAUGCUCGUGUCCACGCAUUAUAGUCUUCACGGUCCCCAACCGUACCCUCCGAACGUCGUCGAAAUCGGCGGCAUUCAUAUCCCGAAGGAGGUCAGACCUCUGCCCAAGGAUAUCAAGAUGUUCCUCGACGAGGCUGAAGAUGGCGUCUUGUACUUCAAUCUCGGGUCCAUGGUCAGGACGGCCAGCAUGCCCGAGGAGACGUUGAACGUCGUGCUGAACGUGCUCGCCUCUUUUCCCAGGAAGGUGAUCUGGAAGUGGGAGGCCGAUGAGCUGCCGAAGAAGCUCGACAAUGUCCUUGUGAAGAAGUGGCUGCCGCAGUACGACAUACUGACCUAUCAGUACUGGCAAGACUAUAGUACUUGCACGUUCGCCACCUGUCAACACUUCGACUACCUUGCCAUAACCGUGAUCAUGUUCAGUUCGUCGCGAUGGCUCCUUCUAUGCGUGCUGGUGCGUUGUUCGGUCACCGCGGAGAGCCCCGGACAAAAGCUGAAGAUCCUAGCAGUCUUCGGGUUCCCCGGCGGAAGUCAUUUCGCCGUGUUCAGGCCCCUGCUGGAAGAGUUGGGCCGGCGGGGUCACGAGUUGACCGUGAUCUCCUACUUCCCUCGAAGCGAGAAGGCGAAGUCGGCGGAGCCUAUGCCCAACUACAAGGACAUCAGCCUGGUCACCGAGGAUGCGCGGGCGUACAGGAACCUGUUCGACAUGAACACCGUCGCCGCGAGCCCGCACUUCUGGAUGUUCAAUACUGUGCGGCUGAUCGACGAAUUGGCGCGCAAGAAUUGCGAAGCCGGCCUGAACCAUCCUCUCGUCAAGGACUUCGUCGCAGCCGGCGAGAAGUUCGACCUGGUGAUCACGGAGAGCUUCAACACCCAUUGCUUCUUCGCUCUGUUUCACCGGCUGGACGCGCCCUUCGUCGAGAUCUCCACACAUUAUCUGAUGCCUUGGACCUUUCCUCAGCUGGGAUUCUCCAGUUCAGCGGCCUACCAGCCCUCGCUCUUCUCCCGCGUACCCAAGCCGAUGAACUUCCUCCAGAGAUCGGUGAACGUCUUCUCGGAGAUCUAUGUGAACACUUUCGCCAGCACUUUGCACCAUUGGCGGGAUCAGAGGCUCGCGGAGAAGGCCUACGGCCCCGGUAUUCCCGAUUUCAUGGAGAUGAGCAGGAACGUGUCCUUGAUGAUGGUCAACACGCACUUCAGUCUUCACGGUGCUCAGCCGUACCCUCCGAACGUCGUCGAAAUCGGCGGCGUUCAUAUCCCGAAGAAGGUCUUCCCUCUGCCCAAGGACAUCAAGAUGUUCCUCGACGAGGCUGAAGAAGGCGUCUUGUACUUCAAUCUCGGGUCCAUGAUCAAGAUGGACACCAUGACCGAGCAGACGCUGAACGUUUUGAUGAACGUGCUUGGGUCGUUGCCCAGGAGAGUGAUCUGGAAGUGGGAGGCCGAUAGUCUGCCGAAGAAGCUCGACAAUGUUCUCGUGAAGAAUUGGCUGCCGCAGUAUGACAUACUGAGUGAGAACGCCGUCGCCGGCCGAUGGGCCCUGUUAGGUGUCUGCGCGCGAAUGAGUGGAUUGGUGGCUACGGAUUCAAGCCACGGCACAGAUCUUCGGCAGUCUCGUAGCCGAGCCAGUUGUUCGGCGACCAUGUUGGCAUCGCGAGCUCGAUGGUUCCACGCGUGCACUCUCGCGCUCCUGGCGUGUUGUUCGGCCGCGGCGAAGGACCCAAGGGACCAAGGUCAGAGACUAAAGAUCCUAGGAGUCUUCGGGCACCCGGGGAAGAGCCACUUCGACGUGUUCAAGCCCCUGGUGGAAGAGUUGGCGCGGCGGGGUCACGAGUUGACCGUGAUCUCCUAUUUCCCUAGAAGCGAGAAAGCCAAGGCCGCGGAGCCUCUGGCGAACUAUAAGGACAUCAGUCUGGUGACCAAGGACCGGGGUGUUUUCGUGAACGUGGUGAAUCUGACGGACAUCGAGCAGUACAAGAACUUCAAGAUGAUCGGGAAUUUGUACAUGCUGGGCAAGAUGGCGGAGAUGGCUUGCGACGCCGGCUUGAACCAUCCUCUUGUGAAGGAGUUCGUGGCUGCGGGGGAGAAGUUCGACCUGGCGAUCACGGAGAGCUUCAACACCCAUUGCUUCUUCGCGCUGUUCCACCAGCUGGGCGUGCCUUUCAUCGAGAUGUGCAGCCAUCAGCUGAUGCCCUGGUUCUACGACGAGCUUGGCUUCUCGAACGAGGCCGCUUACAUGCCGUCCAUGUUCGCGCUGACUCCGAGGCCGAUGGACUUCCUGCAGAGGAUGUGGAACGUGUUCACCGUGGCGAUGUCCUACGCCAUGGCGAACACUCUUUAUCAUUGGCGCGAUCAGAGGAUCGCGGAGAAGGCCUACGGUCAAGGUGUGCCCGAUCUGCUGCAGAUGAGCAAGAACGUGUCCUUGAUGCUGGUGAACACGCAUUACUCGAUCCACGGCGCCCAGCCGCAUCCUCCGAACGUCGUCGAGGUCGGCGGGCUUCAUAUCCCGAGGAAGGCGAGUCCUCUGCCCGCGGAUGUUAAGAAGUUCCUCGACGAGGCCGGGGAAGGCGUCUUGUACUUCAAUCUCGGGUCCAUGGUCAAGGCGGCCACCAUGCCGCCCGAGAAAUUGGCCAGCGUGAUCAACGUGCUCGCCUCUUUGCCGAGGAAAGUGAUCUGGAAGUGGGAGGCCGAUGAUCUGCCGCAGAAGCCCGGCAACGUUCUCGUGAAGAAGUGGCUUCCGCAGUUCGACAUACUGAAUCAUCCGAACGUUAAGUGCUACUUCGGUCACGGCGGUCUCCUGGGAUUGUCGGAGGGCGUUCAUAGCGGAGUACCGAUGGUAUUGAUGCCAUUGUUCGGGGAUCAGCAUCUGAAUGCUAUGGCGGCCCAAGCCAGGGGUGUCGCUGUAGUCGUAGAAUUCACUGAAUUGACUGAGAAGAGCCUGAGACACGCUUUGGAUGAAGUUUUCAAUAAUACCAGCUACAUGGUGAACGCCCGCAGACUGUCAAAAGCAUUCCGAGACCGACCUUCGAGCGCGCUCGAAACGGCGGUAUGGUGGACGGAGUACAUCGGCAGAGGCAACGGCUUGCCGUACGUGAAGAGCGAAGCGGCGAAGAUGCCCUGGUGCGUUCGCAAUCUCGUUGAUGUCCUGGCCGCUUUCGCAGUUAUAGGGUUGCUGACCCUCUACGUCGCCUACCGAGCAACCAAAUGCCUUCUGUUCGGUCGGAAGAAGACGAGCAGCGAAGAUCAAUCUGCGGCCGCGGAGAAGAAGGAGAAUUGACGACGGUUCGAUUCGAAGCCGACGCUGGCGCAAUCACCGUUUGAAAUUCGCGGAACUCUUAAGGAACGGUCUCUCACGACGUCUCGCGAACUUUCUUAUCCGAUUAUUGACUUGUUUUGUCGACUUUAUUAUCGCGCGUGGAUCGUGUGUCGCAGUAAUGGACAUUGAUUGCAUCGCGGGGCACCGGCCAGUGUAAUUAGGAGCGGUUAGGCUAUACCUGUUCAAAGUAAUUAGAAAGAAAUAGAUAGACGAAUUUCUCUGCCGAUGCUGAAUUUUGUAGGAUCACGCGUUCUUCGUUUAAUUAAUUAUUAACCGAUGAUUUAAAUGAUGUUCGUCCGCGGGACGUUAUUCUCAGGGCAAUUGAGAUGCAGUUGCGGAUCUAGGUUGCGCCAGGGAGCGCAGACCUCUGGAGCAACGUAGCUACGCGCUUCUUUAGCAUAAUUUAUACGGAGGAACACGCAUGAUUUUCUAUCGCCGCCGAAUCUUCAGGAUCGAAAGUCCCGCGGUUCUUUAUUCUGAUAAAAAGUUAUCCCGUAGCUGUUACAGAAGGAUAGUCCUUUGCGUUAGCAACUAGGCACUCUUACGCGUUCCUCUGAAAUUGUUAUAAUAUCGUUCUUAAUGUAAGCAGAUACUAUGACGUCAAUUCAUAGGUACGAAAUAAAGAUUUAUACAGAGGAUCUUAAA